UUACAAGCCAAGUUUUAUCAGGGUUUGAAUUCUACACAGCUCUCUUCGUCUGAUACUACACGCUUCAAGUGGGGGUUUGCAAAGAGCUUGGAUCAAUCCGAGUUGGAUUCUGAUUUGAAUUCUACACAGCUCUCUUCGUCUGAUACUACACGCUUCAAGUGGGGGUUUGCAAAGAGCUUGGAUCAAUCCGAGUUGGAUUCUGUACGUGGUAGUGUGGAUAGUAUGACAGCGUUGAGUCGUGGCGAAGACAAGUUAAAGAGAAGAGCCAAUGUGGGACCUAGUAUGCCUCCUCCCAGUAUGCCUGUAUCUAAAGGAGAUCAACGUAAAUACGAGCAAAAGAAGCAAAAGGAAAUGAGACAAGCCAUCCUGGAUGAAGUAGCACCAAGAGAAACAGGUCGUGAAGCACAAAUUGCUAAAAAGCAUAUUCGUAGGACCGACUCCAAUGUGGUGGUACUUGAUGCUACAUUGUUGUGGUUCUCCAUUGAACCGCCAGGAUGA